AUGAAAACAAAUGCUGCUAAUUUAUACGAAAACUCCGAUCAAUCUUAAAUCAUUUGUAAAUUUAUCAAUCUUAAAAUAAGAACCUACAUUAAUGUUAUAAUAAUAGUUAAAUAACACUUAAUUAAAGAAAUAAGCAUUAUCUUAGAUCCCUUUGGUUCCAUUAAGAUAAGGAAAUAAAUCAUAGACCACAAUAAGACCAUCUAUAUUUAAAUCGAAAGUAGAAGAGUCAACCUAACUAAAUAAGUAUUACAUUAUUUAUGAAUAUAGUGAUGCUUAUAGUCUAAUAGCUAAACUUGAUUCAUUAAGAGAAAUUUAAACUUAAGAGAGUCCUUGUAGACAUCAUAAAUCAACAUAUAUUCAAUCAUAAUCUAAUGCUGUUUAAGAAAUCAAAAAAACUGCUCAUAAAACAAUAUAAUUGUAAUAAAAUGUUUUUGCAAGUUGUGUCGAACCUUUUCGUUCAUCCAAAAAUAUUGCAAAUUCAAGUACAUCACAAGUUUAAUAAUUUUGUAAAACUUUGCCUCCACAAAAGAAUUAUGAAGCACUUAUAGAAUCUCUAAUGAAAGAACAAGAUACUGUUGUUAAAUAGUAUUGUCAGAAGUUGUCAACUUUGGAAUAGAAAGUCAUUGUAUUAUCUUAAGAAAACACAAAUUUAAUGGAAUAAAAUAAAUUGCUUUUGAAUUAAAAUAUUGAGUUAAAUGAAGAGAUUACAUAAUGGAAAAAUUAAGUAAAUUAAUAUCUUGAAUAAUCAUAAAUUAAUUCUUAAUCAUAAAAUGAUAUUCAAAUCUUAGAAUAAUAAUUAGAGUAUAAAUAAGAUGAACUAAAUUAAACCAUCUAAAAGUUAGAAUCAUCAAAUAUUAAUAAUCUAAAAUAAGAUAAAAUAAUUAAAGAAUUAUAACAAUAAAUUAAUUCCAUUUUAGAAUAAAAAUAAAAGGAUAGUUAUGAAAAUAAUUCAUAAAUUAAUAAUCAAAAAUAAAUAAUUUAAGAAUUAGAAUUAAAGAUUAAUUAAUAUAUAAAAAAUGAAUUAUAAUUAUAAAAAUUGAUACAAGAUUCAUAGAAUUAAAUCAAAUCAUUAGAAUAAUCAAUAUAAAAUUCUAGAGUUAUUAAUCAAUAAACUUCUAAUAUUAAAGAUUAAUAUGAAUAUAAAUAAUUAGUUUUAGAAUUAGACAGUAAAUUUGUUAUCAUAACUGAAAAAGAAACAUAAGUAGAAGCAUUAAAAAUUAAAAAUUCUAUGCUAUAACAAUAAUUAAUAUAAUUAUAAGCAUGUUAAUUGGGUUUUAAAGAUUAUGAAACUAAUCUAAAAUAAAAGUAAUAAUAAAUUAAUGAUUUGUAAUAAGAAUUACAAAUAAAGAAUUCAGAAUUUGAUAAUCUUUCAAAAUAAUUAUAAAUCAUUAUUAAUAAUAAAAAUGAAGAAUUUGAAAAAACCAUUAAAGAAUUAUAAUAAACCUUACAUAUUAAAAAUGAGGAACUUGAAAAAGUAUCAUUAUAAUUGAAAACAGUCAAAAAAGAAAAAGCUAAAUUAUCAAUGAAUUUGAUUACAGCUGGAAUGGCUAAUCUUGUUAAGGCAUCUUAAAGUUCAACUUAAAGUGAAAUUUAUACUUGA